CCAAUAGUCUGCAGCGCAGGUUAGCUUACCUCCAGCUUCCGGCGGUAUUUUCUAGUGGCAAAAAUUCAGUAUCAAACCGCAACGGUGUCGUGUUUUUUCUACGCCUUUUUAUCCCCCAUACACAAUAAUCUAUAAUUCACAAUGCCAUUCUGGGGUAAAUCGGAACCCAAGCCUGCCGAGGAGGCGAAGCCGUCGCCGCCGGCGUCCUUUGAUGAGGCCAAGCUGCCCAAUCGAGAGAAGCUCCCCACGAAACUCCAGGAGCUGGUCAACAAGGCGGAUGAGGACAACAGCUUCUUUGAUGAUGUGAAGAAGGGCUACGGCCCCGAUUCGACCGAAAGCAACGUCCGAUAUGCCGCCUAUGCCACCCGAUUACGAACCAUUAUGCUCUCCGCUCACCGAUACGUUGCCUACACAUCUGACAUUGGCGAAUCGUUCCGGCCGGUAGCGCAUCCCAAAAUAGUCAAGGGCGCCUACGCCAUCUCGUGGCUGUAUAUCCUGGGUGACGUCUCGCACGAGGGUUACCGUGCCUACUGGCGCAACCAGCGCAUCCUCAACCCACAGCUUGAGCUUACCUCACACCAAGAAAAGAUUACCGGUCUCCCGGCAUCACAAAAUGCCGUAGUCCAGCCUGGCGUCGUGCCGCCUUUGGAGGACUGGCGAACCGUCAUGGUCCAGCGUGGUAUCUUCCAGAGCAUUGCCAGUAUGGGUCUGCCGGCCUUUACAAUCCACAGUGUCGUCCGUUACUCUGGUAGAGCGCUCAAGGAUGUCAAGAACGCCACUGUCCGCACUUGGGCACCCAUCGGUCUUGGCCUGGCCGUCGUACCCUUCCUGCCCACGCUCUUUGACGAGCCCGUCGAGAACGCUGUCGAGUGGGCGUUCCACACUGGCUUCGAGAAAUUUGGCGGCAAGCAAGCUGUUGGCAAAGCGCCGGUCACUGGACGCGAGGAUCUGCUCGGAGAGAAGCCUAAGAAGGACUAAAGAGGCGGCGCCGCGGAGGCCCGUGUUGUAUGUGAAUUUGGCUUGAUUUUGCUAGCGUUCUACCGUACCCAUCUUUGCUCAGUUACCAGACUUAAAAUAAACUGUGUUUAUAUCG